GAUUCGAAGGUACCGUCCGUCUCCGCCGUUGGUCCCCCGUGGUGGCUCCAAGAAGACUCCCGGCACAACAAUGCCAUCCCCACUGGGCCCCCCGAGUCUGCCCUCUGUGGACCCCGAGGCCACCCUGGAGGAUCCUGAGGCAGCACGCCAGCGCUUCCGGGGCUUCUGCUACCAGGAGGUGGCCGGUCCCUGCGAGGCGCUGGCCCGGCUCCGGGAGCUCUGCCGCCAGUGGCUGCGGCCCGAGGUGCACUCCAAGGAGCAAAUGCUGGAGCUGCUGGUGCUGGAGCAGUUCCUGGGCGCGCUGCCCCCCGAGAUCCAGGCCUGGGUGCGGGGCCAGCAGCCAGGCAGCCCUGAGGAGGCCGCUGUCCUGGUCGAGGGCCUGCAGCAUGACCCUGGGCAGCUGCUGGGCUGGAUUACAGCACAUGUCCUGAAGCAAGCGGUGCUCCCGGCCACACAGAAGGCAGAGGAGUCUGUGGGGAGCUCCCACCCUUCAGGGACAGUGGAGCCCCUAAGGGCAGCCUCUGGGGAGGGGUCCAAAGAUGCCCAGAUGGAGGGGAACGCCCAGCUCAGCUGCAGCGUGAAGGAGGAGCCUGAUGGCUACGGGCAGGAGACGGCACCGUCCAGCCCCCCACAUCCAGGCCGGUCCCAUGAGGGGCCCGCUGAACAACAGGAACCGACCUCCGUGCCCUUCCAGCCACCCGGGAUUCAGGAGGAGUGGGGGCUCCUGGACCCGUCACAGAAGGAGGUGUACUGGGACGCGAUGCUGCAGAAGUAUGGCACGGUGGUCUCCCUGGCAGGGUUGCCGUGCCCCCUGCCGGAGGCGCGCACUGAACCGGAGCCGGAGGCGCUGAGCACCGGAUCCGAGGGAGCGAGAAGCCUCCGCCCAGGAGGUGAGAGCGAGAGCUCCCGAGAGGGCAGGCCCGGCUGCCCGGAGGCCCCGCCGCCCGCGCGGGGCAAGCCCUACACGUGCGCGCAGUGCGGCCGCACCUUCGACUGGAAGUCGGUGUUCGUCAUCCACCGCCGCGCGCACGCGGGCGGCCCGGGCGCCGAGAAGCAGCCGGUGGGGCCGCCCCGGCGCGCGCUCCCGGGCCCGCGCAGCUACGCCUGCGAGGAGUGCGGCCGCAGCUUCAGCUGGAAGUCGCAGCUGGUCAUCCACCGCAAGGGCCACGCCGGCCAGCGGCGCCACUUCUGCGGCGACUGCGGCCACAGCUUCGACUGGAAGUCCCAGCUGGUCAUCCACCGCAAGAGCCACCGGCCCGAGGCCCCGUGAGCGCUGGAGGGGCAGCCUCGCCGGGGCCCCGGGCCCAGCCCGCCCCUGCUACUCCACUCCGCCGCAGCCUGGAGAGCUGGAGGCCGCCCAGGGCAGAAGUCAGAGUCCCAGGAGGGUGCCCCGUCCCUGCUCAGUCUCCCCCCAAAGCCGCGGCUCCCUCCUCUCCUGUCUCGCCCACCCCACCAUUCAGAGAGAGAGGCCUGGGCGCCAGUGCACCGCCGCACGGGGCCAGCGGCAGCCGGGUGACUUCCAGACCCCUCCUGCGACAUGGUGCAGGCGGUGCAGAAAGCCCAGGAGAGCACAGCCUGCUGCUGUCUGCAGGCGGGGGGAAGGCUGAAGUCUGUCCGCUGUGCGUUUCAGAUUUUUACCAAGUUCCAGUUUUAUCCCGGAGGAGCUUCUGCGUAAGAAUCCUGAGCUCUGGUCUCCGGCGGUCAGAGCAGCAGCCCCUGCCCUUCCUGCCCGGCAGCUGGAGCUUCAGAGCUGCCUGCGCACGAGCAGGGUCGGUGUCCGGCUUACCUGUUGCUCGGCCGCACACAUCACUCCCUGGCCUUGUCCUUCCAGCUGUCGAGUCCCAGCCUGAACGGACGUGAAGGGAACUUCCUUCCAAGUAUGGAUGGACAAGCAUGGUGUCUGAGAACAGAUGUCACUUAGGCCACGCGUGCUGGCAGAUCAGUGAGUCACAGAGCAGGAGGGCGGACGAUCAGCUACCUGCCGCCCACGGCAGUCCGUCUGUGGGCAUCCAGGACUCUGGCCAGUGUCCUGUAGUACUUUCCUGCUGUUGCUCUAACGAACUCGGUGGCUUGAAACAACACAAAACGUACUGUCUUGGGACUCUGAAUUGGGUCUCACCGGGCCCAAUCAAGGUGUCAGCAGGGCUGGUUCCUCCUGAAGGCUCUAAGGGGGGAAUCCACUUUAAGGCUUUUUCUAGCUUGUAGAGGCCGCCGCGUUCCUCAGUGGUGGCCCCUUCAUCUUCAAAGCCAGCAGUGGAUGGUUAAGUCUUAUGCUGCCUCCCCCUUGUAAGGACCCUCAGGGUUACAUCUACGGCUCCCCUGGUAACCCGUGAUGAUCUCCCCAUCUCAGGGUCACAUCUCAUCCAUGCCCCACCUACACACCUGAUCUCAUCUGCAAAGUCCCUUCUGCAUGUGAGACAACAUUCACAGGUUCCAGGGAUUAGGACAUGGAUGUCUUUGGGGACUGUUAUUCCGCACCCUUCUCUGUCACCUUUCUGCUCUGAAAACAAGGGACAUUUUCGUGGGAGGUGGUUUCAGGGAAACAGGUGCACCCACAGAAGGAGCCCUCUGCAGCCUCAGGCUCAUGCAGGGGUGGCAGGUGGGUGUUGAGUGUGGCUGUGACCAUGGUUACUAGCAGAGGUGGGGUGGACACCUGGGCUGCGUGGGGGGGACCUUGCUGCAGCCUGAAGCUGGGAGGGAGAGGCCUCCAUCUGGAGGACCCGUCUCCUCCAUCCCCAGUCUUCUGAGGACCUUUGACCUGUCGACCACACUCAGGCCUGGGGAAGCAGAGCCAGGCUGGAGAUGGAACUGGGCACUGGUGAUCUUGUUACCGAGUCCAAGCUUGUACUGCUGGCCGCACCACAGGCCAAUAAAUUGAGAGCCGAGUUGUUGAGGCGAGGAAUAAUGACUUCAUUCAGAAAGCCAGCAGACUCGGGACUUCCCUGGUGGCGCAGU